UCUAUAGGAGUGACAAGAUGACUCAUAGCUUUUGGAUCCUCAGCCUCUGUCUUGGCACGGUGCUGGCAGAGGACUUGGUUAAGAACGAUCUUCCAAGGGACAAGCGAGGCUUCCUCGGCGACGGCGGUUAUGGUGGAGGUACUGGAGGUGGCGGCGGCUAUGGCGGCGGUGCUGUUAGCGGCGGCGGAAGUUACUUGAUCGUGGGCGGUGGUGGUGGCAGCCAUGGGCCCAGCGCCGCAGACAUCGCCAACCAGGCUGCGGCUCAGGCCACCGCAGCUGCUGCAGGACUUGGUGGGGCCGCCAAAUCUGCCGCUUCGGCAGCCGCCGGUCAGGCCGCAGCCGCAGCUUCUGCUGCCUCCCAGACUGCUCAGGCCGCCGCCGCCCAAAAGCACGCACAAGCCGCACAGAUUACACAGGCCGCUCAGGGGGCACAGGCCGCUGCCUUCGCCGAGUCUGCCUUGGCAGGACAAGCCAGUCGGGCCGUGCAGGCCGCCAAGGUUACAUCCUCCUCGGCCUCUGGUCUGCUGGCCAACCUUGGCCAGGUGACGGCCGAAGCCAACGCUUUGGCCUCUCAGGCGGCCAACAGCCUGGCCGCCAUACAGGCUUUCCUGGACGGUCAGCAGGCCAUGGCCUGGCAGGCUCAACAGGCCGCCAACUCCCUCAACCAGCAGCAAAGUUUGGUUCUUAACGACCUGCAGUCAACACAGGCAGCAGCAGCGCAGGCCCAGGCGGCCGCCAGCAAGGCUCUGGCCAAGGCCAAGGGCAGCGGCGGCGGCUACGGUGGCGGUAGUGGUGGUGGCGGCUACGGCGGCGGUAGUGGCGGCUACCUGGUCAUCGGUGCUGGUGGCGGUGGCGGACACGGCUCUAGUGCCGCCAGCAUCGCCAACCAGGCCGCAGCUCAGGCCAUUGCAGCCGCCGCAGGCCUUAAGGAAGCCUCCCAAGCCGCAGCAUCCGCAGCGGCGAAACAAGCAGCUGCUGCCGCAUCCGCAGCUUCACAGACUGCUACUGCCGCGGCGGCCCAGAAGCAGGCGCAGGCUGCGAAAAUCACGCAGGCGGCACAAGGGGCGCAAGCUGCCGCAUACGCCGAGUCUGCUCUGAGUGCACAGGCCGCUACAGCCGUCCAGGCGGCCGAGUCGACCUACAACCUGGCCCAGCAGAUAUCCCAUGAUUUGGCCGCCGCUCAGGCCGAGACACAGGCCAUCACCCAGCUGGCCCUGCAGACCCUCCGUGUUGCCAUGUCAGUGCAGUCAGCACAGUCGGCCAUGGCCUGGCAGGCUCAGCAGGCCGCCAACUCCCUCAACCAGCGACAAAGUUUGGUCCUCAACGACCUGCAGUCAGCUCAAGCAGCAGCAGCGCAGGCCCAGGCGGCCGCCAGCAAGGCUCUGGCCAAGGCCAAGGGCAGCGGCGGCGGCUAUGGCGGGGACACGGGCGGCUACGGCGGCGGUAGUGGCGGUGGCGGCUACGGCGGCGGCAGUGACGAUGAGGGUCACUAG